AUGUGAUAAACCAUCCCAGAAUUCAGUGGGUGAUCUCUUUGAAGUUCGCAUAGUAUGGCGGAUGACACCAAAAAAGAAGAAAGGCAAAAUCCAAUGAAGGAACUAAGAAUCCAGAAGCUGUGCCUGAACAUUUGUGUUGGCGAAAGCGGUGACAGGCUAACACGAGCUGCAAAGGUGUUGGAACAGCUAACUGGACAGGCCCCGGUCUUCUCAAAAGCACGUUAUACGGUGCGAUCUUUUGGCAUUCGAAGGAAUGAAAAGAUUGCCUGUCAUUGUACAGUCCGUGGACCCAAAGCUGAGGAGAUCCUCGAGAAGGGCUUGAAGGUCAAGGAAUAUGAGUUGCGGAAAGAAAACUUUUCUGCAACUGGCAAUUUUGGGUUCGGUAUCCAAGAACACAUUGAUCUUGGUAUCAAGUAUGACCCAAGUAUUGGAAUCUAUGGCAUGGAUUUCUAUAUAGUGUUGGGACGUCCUGGUUUCCGAAUCUCGCAUCGCCGCCAGCGUAAAAGCAGGGUUGGUUUCAAACACCGGGUGACCAAAGAUGAUGCCAUGAAGUGGUUCCAACAGAAGUAUGAUGGGAUCCUUUUGCCUGGAAAGAAGUAAUUUCUUUAUAAUUUACAAGUUUGUUGUCCAUGAAAUCUGCUAUUAAAAACAUCAAGAAAUA